AUGUCGUUUCACACUCGCUCUCCUGCUAUCCUCCCAUCCUUGCUAGCAUGCGACCUCGCAAAGUUGGCCGACGAGGCCAACAGAGUAGCUCCAACCUCGGAGGAUUAUGUGCAUUUGGAUGUCAUGGAUGGCCACUUUGUUCCCAACUUGUCUUGGGGAGCCCCCGUGAUCAAGUGCCUCAAGCCGCAUUCAAAAGCGUUUUUUGAUGUCCAUCUCAUGGUGUCCGAGCCUGCAAAGUGGGUGAAGGACAUGGCAGAAGCAGGAGCCAACAUGUUCACGUUUCAUAUCGAAGUUAUGAAAGAUGAGCAGGAGACAAGAAGCCUCAUCCAAGCCAUCAAAGCAGCAAAUAUGAAGUGCGGGAUUGCAGUCAAACCAAAGACCGCGGUGUCUACCGUCUUCCCGUUUGUUGAUGACCUGGAUCUGGUGCUAGUUAUGACAGUCGAGCCGGGAUUUGGAGGACAAGCGUUCAUGGCAGACAUGAUGCCCAAGGUGGAGGAGCUCAGAGAGAAGUUUCCAAACCUCGACGUAGAGGUGGACGGGGGCAUCGGCCCUAACAAUAUCGACGAGUGUGCCAAGGCAGGAGCCAACUGGAUUGUAGCUGGAAGCUCAGUGUUCAAGGCGAAGAACCCGCAGGAAGUUAUCGUGAGCAUGAAGAGAAGCAUCGAGAAGCACGGCAACGGGAAAGCUGAUGCGGACUUGACUCCCUUGCCCGCCUGA